AUGGAGAUGUCGGGGUUCAAGACCGCGAGGCACGUGCCCGCGCUGUGGCUCUACGUCGUCACCUGCUUCACAUUCAUGUCGAUCCUCUUCGGCAUCAUCGCCAUCGCGCUGGGCGCCGCGGCGAUUAGGAGCACCCAUGACAACGAGGACCAGAUUGCGGUGACGGAGGAGCGACUGAAUGCCCUGGGCGGGGGGGACACCCAGCGGGAGGCGUCCGUGAAUGAGGGCCCAGUGGAGACGCUGAUUGCGCCCAAGCCGGGCAGGGCCUUCAACACCAGCAGGGCGCCCAGGAGCGGCCGGCGCCAGUUCAACAUGGCGGUCGUCGUGCACGGGCUGGACUCGGACACGUUCUGGUACUCGGUGCAGCAGGGCGUGCUGGACGCGGCGGAGCUGUUCGGGGUCCACUUCUUCUAUGACAAUCCACAGAACACUGAGGAGCAGGAUGGGCACCUGAAGAUGGCAGAGGACAUCAACAAAGCACGCAAGUCGCUCCGGGAUGGCCUUGCAGUGUCCAUCCCAGAUGAGAGCGUGCUUAGGUCCGCGAUUGCGAGGGCAGCCGAAGAGAUCCCUGUGUUGACCAUCAACUCCGGAGCGAAUUUCUCUGAGGAGCUUGGGGCCUUCACCCACAUUGGGCAGCUGGAAUUCGAGGCUGGCGUGAGGGCUGGGGAGCGCAUGAGAGACUUGGGCGUCACGAGCGCUAUCUGUGUGAGGCAUGAGGUCAGCUUGGCUCUUGAUGAGCGCUGCGAUGGCUUCCAGCUUGGGCUCAACGGCACUGUGCACAGAACCGACGCGCCAGCCGAAGAUUUAUCAACAAGCAUCCAGGACCAGGUGCGCUUGGCCCUGGAUGAAAACAGCGACGCCCAGGGCAUCCUGGCCCUUGGCCCGGCGGGCUUCGAACCUGCAAAGGCAGAGCUGGGCGACCGGGUGUGCUCUGGGGACAGCGCGCCAGAAAACUCCGACUGCAUCGAGUUCGGCACCUUCGAUGUGUCGCCAGGGAUCCUGAACUCGCUCGUCAAUGGUGAGGUCAACUUUGGAAUCGACCAGCAGGAAUACCUGCAGGGCUACCUGGCCAUCGCGUUCCUGUACUGGAAGGCAGCCUUUGGGGGAUCCAUCGGGUCAGGAGGAGUCGUGAUGUCAGGCCCCACUUUCGUAGACUCUGCUGAGCAGGCGCAGCUUCUCCUCGGCCGUAACUACACCACCAUGGACAGCCUCUCUGGCAAGAUCCUCACUUUCUUGGACAUCCGGUAUGUCGUGGAUGGCAAACCACAGGACAAAUUCUGGCAACGUGUCAAGCGGGGUGUGAAGUAUGUUGCAAACUUGUAUGGGACACCAGUGGAUUACAACGAGCCGGAGAACAGCUUCAGCAACCAGGAAGUCAUCAAUUUCAUGAGGGAUGAGAUCCAGAGGGCGAUCGACGACAAUGUGGAUGGGCUGGUGGUGUCGAUUCCUAGUGACAACGCAGUCCUGAGAACGCUGGUCGGUGAAGCGAUGACAAAAGGAAUCCCAGUCAUCUCGAUGGCCAGUGGGGUGGACCUGUUCGAGUCCUGGAACAUCCCUCUCCAUGUGGGCAUGGGUGAAGAGUUUGGUGGAAGGCAGGUGGGCAAGAGGCUGGCUGAGUCUGGGGUGAACAACGCCAUCUGCCUAAUUCACAACAACCCCGACGCUGCCCUGGAAGAGCGCUGUGCCGGGCUGCUGGCUGGUAUGCAAGAGGUCAUACCCACCGCCCAGGUGCAGCGUUUGAGGUCAAGGGAAACGUCAGGAGCGGGAGACAACCGAUUCCAGACUGGACAGGCGGGUCUGUCAGAUCGCAUGAGGGAUGCAGUCGUGGAGACGAUAGAGGCGGAUGAGAGCAUCAACGGUGUGGUUGCCCUGGGCCCCCCAGGCUCAGUGCCUGCUGUGGAGGCUGUCAAGCAGCUGGGAGCAGAGUGCGACGGGGUGAAGACGCCUGACAGCACACCAGCCAGAGGCGGCUGCAUCGUAGUGGCCACGUUCGAUGUAGAGUUCCCAGUCUUCAACUUCAUCGAGGAGCGUUCAGUCGAGUUUGCUGUGGACCCUGGUCCUUUCUUUCAGGGAGCCCUGCCAUUGAUGUUUAUGGCCCUCCAGAACCUGUGGAACAACAUGCCAGUCGGACUGGUCAACUCAGGGCCCACCUUUGUGGACGUUGAAAACGUUGGCGGCUUCGAGGUCUUUGCAUGA